AUGGUACUGAGCGGACAUGGGUGCUUUGGCUACUAUAAGAGACGCUUUGCUCUGAGCGACACAGAUGCCUGUGCGUACUGCGGAGAGUGCGACACUACUAUUCAUACUGUGUUUGCAUGUCUACGGUGGAGAUACCAGCGGAAAGGAGUUGAGGAGAAGCUGGGAAGAGCUCUUACAGUGGAGAGUAUGGUGGCACUGAUGGUGGAGAGCGAAGACAACUGGCGCACAGAAGGUGACUACCUGGGAGUGGUAACGAGAAGAAAAGAAGAAGAUGAAAGGCAUGUAAAUGUAAAUUUAAGAGCUGAAAUAAGAAGAGGCCUAAGACAAAGAAGGUAA